AUGUCCUCUACUCAUGAUGCCACCACCAAGAUCUCUAUCGAUAGAUUCGAUGGAGACAACUACGCGACGUGGAGCCGCUACAUGCGUGGCGUGUUCCUGACCAAGUCGACGUGGCACGUGGUCAACCGGGAGACCACCCCCACCUUCGCCGAUCCUCGCGCCAGUGAUGAGUACGUCAAGACGAACAACAUUGCGUUCGGCUUGAUGUUACUUCACAUGAGCGCGGACUAUCAUCACGUGGUUGAUGACUGCGACGAGGCAUGGGUUGCGUGGACACGGUUGAAGACUCUCUACGGCGGAUCGCAGAAGGCUGGACGGAUUUUCUUGAAGCGGCAGCUGUUCAGCAUGGAGAUGGCGGAAGGCGGCAAUGUAAUGCAUCAUUGCAAUGAAGUUCUCAACAUCAGCGCCAAGCUCAGCAGCAUCGGCGCCAAGAUGGAGGAUGAGGACGUGGCGAUCUGCUUGUUGUGCAGCCUCCCCAAGAGCUACGAGAACGUCGUGCUGAACUUGGAGAUGAGCAGCGCGGAACUGCGGACGCAAGACGUCGUGAAAGUGCUGACGAAUGAGCACAUCAAGAGACAAGGGAAAAAGACGACAUCGGUGAAAACUGAAGAAGCGACCAAGGCCUUCAGUACCGAGCGUGAGGUUCGUCAGUGUACGUUCUGCGGAAAAUUGGGGCACACGGCGGAGCGGUGCUGGACCAAGCAGAAGGACGAAAAUCAAGGUGGAGCUCGACGCGGCGGCAAUGCACGUGGACGCGGAGCGAAUCAAGUUCAGUGGCAAGGCUACAACGGCGACAGCAACUGUGACUAUGAUCGAGUGGCGUUUGCUGUUUCGCUGGAAUGCGGACUUUCAACGACCAAGAGCAUGUCUGGAAUGUGGGCGAUUGAUAGCGGUGCAACACAUCACAUCUGCUAUGACAAGUCCAAGUUCGAAUUUCUGGACGAGCGCAAUGAAGGCGAAGUGUUGGUUGCAGAUGGGAACAAGGCUGCGAUCAACGGUGUCGGGACAAUCAUCGAAAAGGUGACCCUGUCCAACGGUGAAGAGCGCGAAGUCGAGAUCAAGAACGCGCUUUACGUCCCAAGCAUGAACAAAAACUUGCUUUCGAUACCACAAAUCAACAAAAGCGGCAAGUUUCAAGUGGUGUUUGAUGGUGACGAGAUGAAGAUUUCGAACAAAGGCUCCAAGCAAGUAAUAGCGAUGGCCGAUCUUGUGGAUGGCCUCUACUGGCUUCGUACAACCCAGCGAUCCGCGAAUGCGGCUUCAGGACUAAGAGUCUAA